AUACCUUUGUUUCUGGUAUUUUUGAGUUCUGACCACGUUAUAUUCAUCACCAGGUGGCAUUAAUGACUGUGAUAUUUUUUAGUUUUUCCUCAAAAUGUUUGCUCAUCGAAUGGACAUAUUUUUAGAUGACCAGUAUUCACUGCAUAUUGGGAAGACACCUCAGCAUAUACUACAUCUGAUAAUAAGAAUCGGUCAUUCUUGCUCUGGAAAAUGGGACGUAAAAAAAUUGAAAUAAAAUUUAUUAAAGAUGAAAAGAAUCGUCUGGUAACAUUUGCAAAGCGUAAAAGUGGUUUAUUCAAAAAAGCCUAUGAGUUGAGUGUGUUGUGUGAAUGUGAAAUCGCUCUGCUAGUAUUUACACGUAGUAAUCGUCUUUAUCAAUAUGCUAGUGUUACUGUGGAUCAUGCUCUACAAAGACUUAAGAAACAUCAUCGUGCAAAUGAAUUCCUUAGUAAUUCUGAUAUGGAAAGGUUAACCAAACGUCGAAUGCGAUCCAACUGUAAUGGACCUGGUGUUAUACCACAACAACCAUAUUCAAAUAUCAAGAAUGAAGAAAGUAACAACGGAGAUGAUAAUGACGACGAGGAGGAAGACGAUGAUGAUGAAGUUGAAGGAGAAGAGGAAGAAACAGGUUCCAUUUUAAGUGUGAAAAAUAUCAACAAUAAUUGUCAAAUAAUUGAUGUUGAUAAAGCGAAAUUCACUGAUCAAAUUGAUAUUCAAUCGUCAAAUGUAAGAUAUAUUGUUGAUACACAACAACAGCCAACAUUUAAUAUGCAUUCACGCAGUUCAGUGAAUACUGUCACCGAGAAUCAUAUACGACCGGUGAGCUCUAUAGCCUUACCACUUAAUCCUUUAAUAAUAACAUCAACAAACCCAGUAGUAACAAGUGAUUAUUUAACGCAUAUUCAACCCGUACUUGCCUCUCAUGCAUCUAAUACACAACUUCAAUUCUCCUCUAAUGCUCAUUUAAUUCAGUAUCAUAGACCAUUGCAUCAAUCAGCUCAAUGUUCUCCAGCCUCCCCGUUUACCUGUGAUAAUACUAUUGUACAUUCAAAGCCAUUGUGUACAACUUUACCGAAUUUAACAAGUCAACCUGUGGAACAGGUGAAUAAUCUUCUAUUACCAAGUCAAAUGUCUACGCCUUAUUUAAUUCAACAUCCAUCUGCUGACCAUCAGACAACUUUACCAAUAGAAUGUUCAAAUCGAAAUAAUGGACAUUUACUUGGUGCUGCUGGUGGUGUUGGCGGUGGUGAUGCCUACAUGGAGACUUCUUUGAAUCAUCCUUAUCGUGAUACAACAAGUAUCAUGGAUUCUGGUGUUUCAUCUAACUUCUCAGCUAACAGUAAUAAUAGUAAUAAUACCCUAGGUCAAAUGCAGUGUACAUUAUUAACGCCAGUUCCGUAUACAAAGGAAUUAAAAACUGAUCAACCUAUGUUUAUUAUAUCAUCUGUUGUUGGGAAUAAUAAUAAUAGUAAUAAUAAUAAUAAUAAUAACAGUAAUCAACAACAACAACAACAGAUUUCCAAACCAGAUUUAAUCCCUUCACUUACUGUAGAAUCUCAAGUAACUGUUCGGCAUGAACUUCAUAGUAUUCCACAAUCGACCAAUAAACACAGCUAUUCAGGAACACAAGAACUGCAUAGAAAAAUGAAUGAUUAUAUAUCUGAUGUCUAUGAAAGUCAUAUCAAUCAUUUUACAUCAAAUUCAAUGAGCAGUCUUCAAAAUUCUGCAACAACGACAACAAUAGUUUGUGCUCCAUCUCUUACUGUACCAACGAAGACUAAUAUGAAUCCCCAGUGUGUUACCUCAAAUAAUUCAAUACCUGUGACAUCAAAUUUACCGGUUAAAAAUUCUGAUGCUUCCUCUCAAACACUACCAGAAAUAAUUGAUUUAGACGGUUUACCGGCUUCACUGUCAACAUCAUUUUCUACUACGGUGGUGGUGACAACAUCAGAAAUGUAUGCCAAUACCCCCCAUGACAAUCAUCUUACAGAGAAUGAUAAUACUAAUAAUAAUAAUAACAAUAAUAAUAGUAAUAAUGAUUGUAGGAGUAACCAUAACAACGAUAGUGAUAGUUCAAAUACAGUGGAAACUGAACCGAAUGAAAUGAAAAUUAGUGAAGAUGAUUCUGGCAAUUCCACUACAGUAUCUCAACCACCACCACAACAACAGCAGCAACAACAACACCAUUCUCGUCAAAGAAGAAUGCCAGCAUUAAAACACUUACAGUUACCAUCAACAUGCAGUUCUACACUGUUACGACAGACAAGUAUUCCUAAAGGUUACUUUUUAUCAACACCAGAAGUCAUCAAUGAACUUGGUCGUUUAGAUAGUCAUCGAAAUACAAAUUCAUCAACAGAUAAUUCAGAUAGUAAUCCACUUGGACAUGCACUGUCUCCAGCUGAUUUGAUAUAUCGGCUAGGAUUACAUCAACUGUUAUCAUUGUCACCGGUUCCUUUAACUUCACGUGAUUCACCAGUGUUUUCAGCUAAUCAUAGUCCUACACCAAGUUUAAUACCAUCGAAUUCAAACAGUGGAAGUAAUCAGAAUACUGUGAUGAAUAGUGCUAGUAGUACUAAUAGCACUACUGCUACCACUAUGACUAUUGCUCAGCCUUCUUUAGUCAGUCAGUCUUCGUGUACGGAUAUACCGUCUGUUCAAUGUGAAUCUGAAUCUCAGAACUCACCAAAUGUGCUUCCAAAAUAUGCCAAACGAUCAAAGUAUUCUUAA